AUGAAUGCUUUGUCCAACAAGAUAUCUCUGUUCAUUGAUGAAAACCCUCUUUCAAAGCAAUAUGGCAUCUACGAGGGAGGCAGUUAUCUCACCAAAGUUCCUCAGAAGAAAGGUAUUCCCUAUGACUACAUUGCGUUCCAUGAUCUUGCCAGGGCGGUGUUUGAGUAUCGGUACAACAAUCUUUAUGAACUGGUGGUUGUGCGGCAACCGGAUCCUGACAUGGAACAUAUCUUCUCGAUUGUCGGACGGACGGAUGACUAUGUCUACCUGUCUAAUGGUGAUGGGCUGCACGCGUCGCUGCCGGAGAUGGAGAUUGAGGCCCAUCCUGCUGUUAGGGCGGCCUUGAUCAAGGGACAGGGUCGUCCCGCUCCGGUGCUAAUUGUGCAGCUAUUCGGAGAGUAUGAGAGUGGCAAUCGUGAGGAGAUGGCCGACAGUCUUUGGUCGUACAUUGAAAAGGUCAAUCUGCGGUGUCAUGACCGUGUGAAACUCUCUCGCCUCUUCGAGGGCGACCAAGAUCUCGACAUCUCGUCUGUCCUGCCACGAUCUGUCGGCAUCGAAACCGAAUGGGAGCACACCAUGUCUCAAACUGUCCAUCAGGCCGACAAGCUGGCUCCAAAUGAGAUGCGCGAGGUCUACAAGACCCCCAAGUACGCUUACGAUCUCGCAAACAUCAUCGUGCCGUACGUGCGCCAGAAGCUCGACACCAAAGACCUAGGACACGCCAUCUUCGCUGCAUCUGUGACGAGAGAAUCCGAGCCAACCGACUCUACGGAUGACAAGUAUCGCACUAUCACCGUGGGGGCUUUGAUGAUGCGCGUCGGCGCUAGAAUCAAGCCGGAGGACCUCCAGCAUCUGCGCGACUUGGUUCCUCAAAUUCCCUGCCACGACCGAUUUGCGUCGCCCCUAAUUGAUGAAGGGUCCCGUGGGCCCGGCUGUGCGCAGCUUCUGGCUGCCCUGGAUCAUUAUCAGGCUGGCGUGCCGCGGAGCUUCCAGGAGCCGAGAUCAAAUCGGACAUUGGACAUGCCCUUCGCAUAUGUGGAAGAUGCAAGUGCAUCUGGUACUGUGACAAGGAUUGCCAGAGCGCCCACUGGAACAUCACAUGCAUAG